ACUUGAAUAUGGCAAUGAGUGAAAAUGAAACUUCACUAAAUAAAAAUUACAUUCCUCAUUAUCUUCUUAAAGAUGACCCAUUUGCCUCAAGACUUCCUAAAGAAGUGGAUGUAGCAGCUGCCUUCUACCUUAUCAUCAUAGGGAUCCUCUCAGUACUUGGAAAUGGCUAUGUAAUUUUCAUGUCCUGUAAACGAAAGACAAAACUAAGGCCUCCUGAGCUGAUGACAGUGAACUUGGCGCUCUUUGAUUUUGGAAUUUCAGUUACAGGAAAACCAUUUUUUAUUAUUUCAUCUCUUCAUCAUCGCUGGUACUUUGGAUGGGCAGGUUGCUGUUGGUACGGCUGGGCAGGUUUCUUUUUUGGCUGUGGGAGUCUGAUAACAAUGACUGUGGUCAGUUUUGAUAGAUACCUAAAGAUAUGCCAUUUAAGAUAUGGUACAUGGCUAAAGAGGAAACAUGCUUUCUGCUGCUUGGCAUUCAUCUGGAUCUAUGCUGGGUUUUGGGCUACAAUGCCAUUGGUGGGAUGGGGGAACUAUGCUCCGGAACCCUUUGGCACAUCUUGCACCUUGGACUGGUGGCUUGCUCAAGCGUCUUUAGCAGGGCAGAGUUUUGUAUUAUCUAUUCUCUUUUUCUGCCUAGUAUUUCCUACAGGCAUCAUUGUAUUUUCUUAUAUUAAAAUAAUUAAAAAAGUGAAAACAUCAGCAAAAGAAGUCGCCCACUUUGAUACCCGAAAUCAAAGCAGCCAUGCUUUGGAAAUAAAGCUAACCAAGGUGGCAAUGUUGAUCUGUGCUGGGUUCUUGAUAGCCUGGAUUCCAUAUGCGGUUGUAUCUGUGUGGUCUGCUUUUGGACAGCCUGAUUCUGUACCUAUUCUGGCAUCGGUGGUGCCCACCUUGCUUGCAAAAUCUGCAGCAAUGUAUAACCCUAUCAUCUACCAAGUGAUUGAUUGCAAAGCUACCUGCUAUAAACUGAGAUGUUGUCAACAACUAAAGAGGAAAAGACUUUAUAACAAGUCAAGGUUUUAUUCUAUCACAUCUGCUGGCAAAGGAUCUUCUGGUAUUGAAACUCACACGGAGAUGUGAAUGAUCUAUGGAGAGGAGUCCAUAUUGGCAGCUUGAAUUUCUUGGAAUUUCUACCUCUUAGAAUUAUGUGCUUUACUAACAAACAUAGUAGGUACAAUAUACAAGGUCAGGCAGAGUACCAUUCAUGUGUGAUCUACAAAUAAAAUAAAAAGUAUUUACUUUC